AUGGCCACGAACCAGGAAAGACGUUUCUCCGAAGCCACGGUGGUACCAGGAGAGACCGCCCUGGCCUUUUAUAAAGCGAAAAAUCCUACCGACAAACCAAUAAUUGGAAUCUCUACCUACAACGUAAUACCCUUUGAAGCAGGACAGUAUUUCAAUAAAAUACAAUGUUUUUGUUUUGAAGAACAGCGGCUAAAUCCUCAAGAGGAAGUGGACAUGCCUGUCUUUUUCUACAUUGAUCCAGAAUUUGUAGAGGACCCCAAAAUGGCCAAAGUCGAUUUGAUCACCCUCUCUUACACCUUUUUUGAAGCAAAGGAAGGACAGAAGUUACCACUUCCUGGAUAUCAGUAAUGGGCAGUGUGUACGCCGUUUGACUUCUGCUACCUGACUACCAGCUUUGAAACUGUUUUUCCAUGGAAGGAAAAACUGCAGGAGUACUGUGCAAUAUGAAAUUAUAUUAUUAAACCACCAUGGGCACAUGCUGCUGUUAUGAAAGGAUACAUUUCUAUUUAAAAAAAAAACAAACCACCAACUUCUAUAGUUGGAAUAUCAUUUCUUAGGGAUAGUAUUUCUUCGUCAGACAAUAGAAGGAAACACACUGUUCCUGGAAGAGAGGGUUUUCCUCAAGCCAUCUUUUAUAAGAUGAUACGUGGUAUCUGAGUACUGUGAGGCAAAUUUUUAAACCCAAGUGUAAACUGAGAUCUUCAUUUAAAUACAUUUAAAUAAAUCAGUUUAUUAAGCAUCCAAAAUUGCAUUGCUGGCUCUGAAGAAUAAUUUCCAUGUAAGUUACUGUAUAAAAAGGUAAAAAGAGGUAAUCAGUUCAUGAAAUCUCAAAACUAAGCAAAAGUUGGGCUGUAUUGCUGUGUAACCCUCCCAGGGCACAGGAGGAUAUGACGAUUCAGACGAUGCACCCUCUCGAAUUACUACUGAAUCAGUAGUUCAUGUGGUAAGAGCAGACUGCUCUCAAACUGUUAUCAUUUGAAUGAGGAACAGUAAUUUAAACGUAAGCACAUCAAAUCUGUGGUGUGGUUUCCAUUUAGAAAUAGCCUCUUCAGACUUCGAUGUUGCGUUGAACUCAUUUGAAAUGUCUGUACUGCUACUGACUGCUCUUUCCCCCGGCAGAGGGCUGCCCACCGGGCACCUCUACGCCGAGACAAGCUCAGCUUAUGCGUGAAAUGCUUUGAAGGGAAAGGCGGUACAUAAACAACUGCUCUAAACUGCAGGCUAAAUUAAUAACACAGGAGUCUCCUCAAAAACCAAAAGGAAACCAACCCCAUUCAGAGGUUAAGUCUGACAAAGCCUGCCCAGAAGCGUAUCGGUUGUUCAGAGGUGCUCUAGGUACCCUGUUUGCCAUCAGAAGGUGCAAGCCUAUGUUUAUGUAACUUUUGGUCAUUAUCUGCGGGGCAGGGAUAAUAACACUUGAUCAUAGCUUUGCAAAUGAGGAGUGAGUUGCAGAGCAAGUUUAAGUGACCUACUCAUUUUCAGACGGGAAUUAAUCUCGGCCCAGUAUCUCAUCUGCUAGGCCAGUUCUUUCUACCCCUUGCAGCAGACGAGAGCUAACAAAAUAAGACUGAUGUUGGUUUGUUUGGACUCUAAGAAGGUAAUGGGUAUAGCGGAAAUAACUUCCGGUUGCUUUAGCCUCAAUUACGUUUGCACACCAUAAUUUGAAAAGUGCUUUUUGAAAAUAAAUGGAUGCUACCUUUAAAAUGCAUUAUUGUACCACUUAUAUGUGGUGUUUAAGUAGAUUCUGGAUGACAUUCAUGUCAGGUCUUCACUGUGUACUUAUUAAAGUUUUAAAACUUCUCAUUCUUUC